AUGGGUUCUGUCGCAAACCCUUACACCUACCGAAUAUGGCCACCGCGUAAAGCGGCGACGAACAGUACGAUGCAGGACGUGCUGGAGAUCGAUACGAUCGAUCUGUGCUUUGAUGAAAAUGGAAAAUCCUUUCACACGAGCUCCUACGAAGUGAUGGUGAAAUCGCGUCCAACCAAACGUUCCCGACAGUUGGUCGUCAGACGGGGUGCACCAUUCACCGUACGGUUGGUUUGCAAUCGUAGGUUUGAUCCGUCCGUGGACACGAUGGUGCUGGUGUUCCGGGUAUUGCCCUUCGCCUCGGAUAGGGCUUGUUUUGGAAGCGGAACCGAGACGUAUGUUGUGGUGCAGCACCCGGACAAUAUUGCUGUGCCGACGGCAGAUGAGGAACCGGCGGAUGACUGGGGAGCCGUGCUGGUGGAGAGUAAGGAUGUGCCGAAAGGUAAGGUGGAGUUGACGCUGAACGUCAGAACGCCGUCCUAUGCGCCGGUAGCACGGUGGACGGUACAAUUCCACACCCGAUUGGACGCGACCGAUGCAAAAAUGGCAGUUACGAUAAAGGACCACAUGUACGUGCUGUACAAUCCCUGGUGCAAAGCAGAUGCGGUGUACAUGGAAGAUGAAGCUAGCAAGGAAGAGUACGUCUUGGAUGAUAGUACAUUCAUUUGCAAACCAUCAAACAAGGGAUUUCGUAUGGACAGUUGGUUCACCGGUCAGUAUGAACCCGAUAUUCUCGAUUGUGCGCUGUUCAUCUUGUCGGAGGUUGGUAAUGUGAAGGCAGCUUCAUCCGGCAAUCCGGUGCUUGUUACCAGAGCACUAAGCGGUGCACUAAACAGUGCGAGCGGGUACGGAGUACUGCAGGGAAAUUGGUCCGGAGAAUACAGCGACGGUACACCGCCAACUUCCUGGAGCGGUUCCGUGAAGAUACUGCAGGAGUUCUACAACACGGGAACGACAGUGAAAUACGGUCAGUGCUGGGUGUACUCUGGUCUGGCAACGAGUGUUUGCCGUGCAAUCGGCAUACCGUGUCGAGUGAUCACCAACUUCGAUUCUGCCGGUGAUCAUGAUGCGUCACUUUCGAUCGACUACUAUGUGGAUGACACGGGUAAUACGCCCGCCGACAUAUCGGUGGAUUCGGUCUGGAAUUAUCACGUAUGGAAUGAGACGUGGAUGAAGCGGAAAGAUCUUCAAAAUUCCACCCUUGACGGUUGGCAGGUGAUAGAUGCGACACCGCAGCAACUUUCCGACGGCAUGUACAAGUGCGGCCCGUGUCCUGUCGCUGCGAUCAAACAGGGUCUCGUACAUAUACCGUACGAUGGUGAGUUUAUCUACGCGGAGGUGAAUGCCGACGUCAUCUAUUGGACGAUCGGCAGCGAUCAGAAUUUGCCGAAACCGAUCGAGAUCAACACGAGUCAAAUUGGGCGGGACAUGAGCACGAAGGCGAUCGGGACGAACAAGCGAGUGGACAUUACCGAUCAGUACAAGCAUCCGGAAAACUCGAAGGAGGAACGCGAGGUAAUGACAUUGGCCAUGCAGUACAACUGUCAGCGCUUUACUAGUGCCGCGGUCUCGAAACUCUUACUCGACCACAUGGUGAGCACAAGCAACGGCGACGAGGAAUUGAUAAAGCUGGAAAUAAAGUCUGACGAAGAGAUGACGAUUGGUACGACGUUCCAGUUCGAGUUGAUCGUUACCAGUAACACCAUUGGUCGUUCGGUCGAGGUAAGUGGGAAUUUGGUGCUAAAAGAUUCCGACUACACCGGGCGACACAUGGAAACGCUGAAGAAGACACCGAUUGCUGCCAAGCUGGAACCGCUGGAAUCCAAAACGAUCCUGGUGCUGUUGGAGUUUGAUGAAUACCACAAAUCUGUAACGAACAAAACGAACCUCAAAGUGAUCUGUACGGCAAAGGUGGAUGGUAGUGAUAAGACGUACUUGAAGAUGCAAAAUUUCCAACUCACACCACCAUCGGUUGAGAUGACGCUGAUCGAGCACAGCGCUGCGGGCCCGAUAGCCGUACAGGUGGAUUUGCGGAAUCCGCUUCCAGUUCCUCUAACCCGGGGUCGCUUCACAGUGGAAGGAUCGCGCUUUACCGAUCCGUUUGUGAAAAAGUACGAUCUCAUCCCGGUCGGUGAAACAAUACAAUUUAUUUAUCCUAUAAAUUUAACGGUUAGAGGAAAAAUGACUGUAUCUGCAUCUUUUAUCUCCAACGAGCUGAAAAACGUACACGGAGCUCUGAUGAUACAAAUUCCUUAA